GCAAUUUUCUCCAUUUUUUCGCAAUUUUCUCCAUUUUUUCAGCGAUUUCCAUGGUUCGCGGGACAAAAAGACGUCGGAGCUCGGCGGAAAAGCCAAUCGUGGUGGUUCCGGUCACCCGAGACGACACGAUGCCCGUCGACGAGGAUCUUGUCGUCGGAGAAUCACAGUGUGCUGCUUCAAAACCCUUCGCGAAGCUUGUCGGCGUCCGCCGAGGCAUUUCUUCCAUCGACUUGGCAGACGAUCAUUUCGUGUGCGGACGCGGCUCGGAUGAUGCUCCGACGAAUUUCAACUUUUCUCAAGUCGCCAAAGACGUCGGGCUCUACAGAUUUAUCUCGAAAAUUCAAUUUUCCAUUGAUAGAGACACAGAAACGCGUAGAAUCUAUCUACACGAUCACUCACGCAACGGGACCCUCGUAAAUCAGGAAAUGAUCGGAAAAGGGCUGUCCAGAGAGCUAAUGAACGGAGAUUUGAUCUCUAUUGGGAUUCCAGCGCUGAUCAUUUUCGUGUACGAAAGCGCCGACGCCGACCAUCAUCCGGAGGAACUGACGAAAAAAUACCACGUGACGAGCCAUUCGCUGGGAAAAGGCGGUUUUGGCAAAGUUUUGCUCGGAUACAAGAAAUCCGAUCGAUCAGUGGUGGCUAUUAAACAGCUCAACACACAAUUUUCGACAAGAUGCAGCCGAGCAAUCGCUAAAACUCGAGAUAUUCGAAAUGAGGUUGAAGUUAUGAAGAAGCUCAGCCAUCCAAAUAUCGUUGCAAUUUACGAUUGGAUCACCGUCGCCAAGUACUCAUAUAUGGUUAUCGAAUAUGUCGGCGGAGGCGAAUUUUUCUCAAAAGUCGUCGAUUCCAAGUACAAUCGAAUGGGUCUCGGUGAAUCGCUCGGAAAAUAUUUCGCUUUUCAGCUAAUCGACGCGAUUUUGUAUCUUCACUCUGUUGGAAUCUGUCAUCGUGACAUUAAACCCGAAAAUAUUCUGUGCUCGGAUAAAGCGGAGCGGUGCAUUUUAAAGCUAACCGACUUUGGAAUGGCGAAAAAUUCGGUGAAUCGAAUGAAAACUCGCUGUGGAACGCCGUCUUAUAAUGCGCCGGAAAUUGUGGCGAAUGAGGGUGUUGAGUACACGCCAAAAGUCGAUAUUUGGAGCCUCGGAUGCGUACUUUUCAUCACAUUUUCCGGUUAUCCACCGUUCAGCGAAGAAUAUACGGAUAUGACGAUGGAUGAACAAGUUUUGACAGGCCGCCUAAUCUUCCACGCACAAUGGCGUCGAAUUACUGUCGAAACACAGAAUAUGAUCAAAUGGAUGCUUACUGUCGAGCCAUCAAACCGCCCGUCUGCCGUCGAACUAAUGAGUACUCAAUGGAUGAAAUGUGCGGAUUGUCGUACUGCGAAACAGGAUAUUUUGAAGAGUAUUAAGCCGAUUUCAGCAGCAGCUCCAGCUGCACUACAAACUACACAAGCUGGACCUGUGAAAAAGGCAAAAAUGUGAACAACGUUCCACGUGGGUCCCCACCACUUCACCGCCGCAAAAGUCCGCAAUUUGUCGUCAAAUCGGGUGUAAUUGCGUCCAAGAUGUGUCUUUUUGAGGUCUCUUCAACACAUAAUUUAUCAUAAAUUUCGAAUUUUAUCCCCCAAUUCCCCGUAAUUUCCAUAUUUUCCCGUUAAAAUUUUUUUAAAAUUCCAAUUUAUAAGCUCCCAGAGCCCCCCAUUUUAUUGCGUUUUUCUCCCAAAAUUUCGAAAAUUGUUCAAUUUUUUUGUGUUUUGCCCCACCUCUUGUGCUAUUCUCACAUGUAAAAUUCCGAUUUUCAGCAUUUUUGAUGGGAAAAAUCGGAUUUUUUAGCUUGAAAAUUGAUUUUUUUUUAGCUUGAAAAUCGAUUUUUUUUUUAGCUCGAAAAUCAGAUUUUUAAGCUUGAAAAUCGGAUUUUUUAGCUCAAAAUUUUAAGCUUUUCCCCCAAUUUUAGCUCAGAAAUCUGAAUUUUUGGCUAAAAAUCGAAAAUUUUUCUGCAAAAAAUUCGAAAAAAAUUGAAAAAUCCCUAAAAUUUGCAAAUUUUUUGCCAAAUUCUUGAGAUUUUAUGCUUUUCCUCCUAUUUUUUUGCCUAAAAAUUCGAAUUUUCAGCUAAAAAUUCCUAUAAUUUUCCCAAAAUUCUCAGCUUUUCCCCAAUUUUUAGCUCAGAAAUCUGAAAAAAAUCGAAUUUUCCAAAUUUUUCAGCUAAGAAAUCCAAUAUUUUUCCCAAAUUGUGUGGCCAAAAAUCCCCCCAAUUUGCCCGAAAUUCUGAGCUUUUCCUCAAUUUAGAGCUCAAAAAAUCGGAAAAUUUCGCUAAAUUUCAAAUUUUCCACAUUUUUCAGCUAAAAAUCCCCCAAUUUCCCGAAAUUCUAAGCUUUUCCCAUUCUUUUUCAUUUUUUUUUCAUUCUUUUUAUUUUUUUUUUCAUUUUUUUUUCUAAGCUUUUCCCCCCCCAAAAAAAUUUUUUUUUGUGAAAUUUUCUGUAAUUUUUCUCUGUUCUGUUCUGUUUGCGUUUUUGUUUUCAAAAAUUGAACUUUU